AUGGAUAAAAGGCAAUUGUGGCGGCAGUAUGGCUAUGUUCUAAAUCUCACCCGAGAAUUUGUCAACCCGCAGAUCACCCAUAGGUCUAUCCCUGAUAGCCACAUAACUACUUCUAAGUUUGAGUUUAAUUCUAAAAUAGAGUUUAGAAAUAGACUGGAAUUCUAUUCUAGACUUUGCGGUAAAAUACUCAAGUCACUUUCAAUGUAUUCUGACCAGGCACUCAAUAUUAGACAAGAUAAAUCGCUCACGUCUGGUCAAUUGGAUAAGAAUUCUAGUAAAAUUGUUCAUGCGAAACCUUUUGGGCUUUCAAGUAAUUGGUCAUUUGACGGCAUAUUAUUGGUGCUUUAUUACUGUUGGCAUAACGUACACGUUAAAGAUCGCAUAACAGUAAUACAUUGUUUGGCAAAAGCAUUGAACACUCUAAUAUUACAAUCACGACACACGAAUUCCAAUUUCAAUAUUGAAAAUAGUUUGAGAUCACAAGGUAAUAUUAUAUCCAAUUUGGAAUUUGGAUCUCCAGAGGACGCAAUAUAUAGGUUUCUCAUAUUUUGUUUGACUAAGGAUUCAUCUAGGUUGAGCAGUCUUAAUAAAUUAGCUAAGGAAGUAUCCGAUGCAAUUCACUCAAAGGGGAAUCCAAUCAAAACAUGGAGGGAACUGGCCAAGCUCACAAGUAUAACUCAACACAAAAUUGAGUGUGAUAAUACAUUAUUCAGUACAACAGUUUCUGAGUGCAAAAGGGUGAAAGAUAUCUCACUGCUCAUUGUUUCGUUGCAACUGCUGUAUGCUUUGGGAACGGAUAUGUGCUACUUGGAUAACCCGAUAAAAUUAUGUCUAGUUGCCCUACAGCGUAUUUUCAAUCGCAUUGAAGGUAAUCGCGGAUGCUACCAUGAAUUUGACGAUUCAGUAUAUUUUAGAGAUGCAAUAACCAUUGUUCAUGCAUUAAGACUGCUUAAUUAUGGGAAUUUGAGUGUUUUCAGGCCUAUAUUCGAUUUCACAAUAUCUCGCCACAAAGAUUGUACUGCUAAAGAAAAUUAUGUCCAUGUACCCCUGAUUACUUUAGUCGAUUGCUCACAAGCAGCAGGGGCCCUUUCGUAUGCAAAACAAAAUCAUAAACCCAUGAUCUUAACAUUGAUAUGCAAUGUUAAAAUUGGAUUGCAUAAAUUGGGAUGUAGUAAUGACUUGGAAUACCGUGAAAUAGAGAUGGAAAACUGCUGUGAUCUCUGCCCAGAUUGUCAAAAUGAGAUACAACAAUCAUAUCAAGGGGAUGCUACUCGGUUAGAAUCACUGGCUAAUGAAUUUGGGAUGAGUGCCUUUUCACUUGCAGGAAAGGCCGGGAUUCUCUGCGAUCGUUGUUCUGACAAAUUAAGCGCUACACCAAAUGGAAAUGGAAUUUCUUAUGUAAAAAAACAGCCCAUUUCGCUAUGGAAAAGCUUGCAUAAACAUCUAACACAAAUAUCCCAUAUUGUGCUAGGUUAUGGUGAUCAGGAAUUGAGUAACAUUCUGAACAAAACGGCAAACGGCGUGGCCCAGUUGCUCCGGCUAAGUUGA